AUGUUCAAACUUGCAACUUUCUUCUAUUCUCUCAUGCUUGCCGGCGCCGCAUCUGCCAUCAGCCUUCCUGUCAAGGGUCGUGGAGAGGGAAUGACCAAUGCUGACAGACUUAAACGUGGUCUUCCUCUUCGAUCUCUCACCAGUCCGUACAAUGCUAGUAGAGUUAAUGCCGCUCCAGCCAAGAGGUCUGAUGCCAACCAAAUCGCUUAUUUACAAGCGGUUCCUCCUGAAGCUCGAAAACGUAGUCCAUACACCCAAACCUCUUAUCUAUUUUACGACCGUGACGCUGGGAUUUUCCGACUGACCACCGACCAGACUCAGGCCUCCCCAUUUAUUGUUCCAGAGUACGGUGUUGAAGAAUAUCUUUACUAUCAAAGAGAUGACACAGUUUAUCCCCUGUGCAGCUCGACUUGGAGCGGCGGGGAAGCAAACAAUAUGGAAACUGAUAAUCCCGGCGGUUCGACCGCCAUUGUGUUUACUCUUUGCGGUAGUACCCGACCAGUUGAUCAAUCUUAUGGGACAAAUACCCAAACCCCGAUAUGGACUAUUCCGCCCCGAGAUUUUUGGCCUGCACCCGCUGGGCAGGCUGAGAUGUGUUUGGGACACGGUCAAACAAUAUGGUAUCUCCAGAAAUUCACCGCACCGUGGGCAUCGUUGGGUAGUCACAGGCACCGACUGACGGCAUGUCAAGAUGUCAAAGCCCGAGAGACGAAGCAUCCCACAUGGAUCGGGCUCAAUUAUUCCUGGAAUAACUCUAAGCAUAGUCUUGAUAGAUCAUGA